UGAGUGAGAAAGGGAGGUGUAACGUUAAGUUUUUAUCAGGAAAAGGAACAGAGCGAGAAAACAGAGGAAAAGACUGAGAAAGAUGGAAGCUUGAGGUUUAAUGCUUCAGCUCACUUGCUGCCAUUCACACCAUUUCUCCAGCUGCUUGUCUCUUUAAGACAUUAAUCGUAGUAGGGUUUUUCUCAUCUGUUUCAUUUGAAUUAGUAGCUUUUGACUGUUGGCGACAAUGGAAGCCGGGUCGGGUUCGGAUCCGUCGGCCAAUCCGGGGAAGAAGAGGGAAAAGGGAAGCGGUAAUGGCGAGAGAAAGUUCGGUUCUUUCUUGCAGAGGGUGGAUCCCUUUUUCCCGAGAAGAGAUUUGAACCCGAGAGACCUGAGAUCUUGGGCCAAAAAAACCGGUUUCGUCUCCGAUCACUCAGGCGAAACCAGCGCGAGUACUCGCGCCAAGUACGACGGCGGCACGGAGUUCGAGUUGCAGAGGGGUCAAGACCGAAGAGGUGCCGGGUCGUCCCCGAAAAUCGAGAUCGACCCGAUUCUCGGCCGAGCAAGACAACAUAGAGGAUCCGACAUCGAACAGGAAGCUGGGUCUGUAUCCGGGUCAAGAGUCGAAGCCAAUGCUAGAACUGGGAAGAAUGAGAACGAAGGGAGAAGUUGGGCAAGGGACGAACCUGUUCCCUUACUGCCUAAAGAGGAAGAAAGGAGGGUGAACGGGAAUGCGGACGGAAACACAGGCGCCGCGCCGCCGGAGACGGUGGCGGCGGAGCAGAAGGGCGGAGAUGGCAGGAAAACUGAGAGGGAUUUGGAAAACGGGAUUUAUUACCCAGGUGGUGGGGAAGCUGUUGAUGGAGAGUGGCCUAGACCAAUUGUAAUGAAGUAUGGUCUCAGGGAUAAUCCGGGUUUCGUUCCACUUAUGUAUUACGGCCUGCAACACUAUCUGUCGCUUGCUGGAUCGCUCUUGUUCAUUCCUUUGGUCAUCGUGCCAGCCAUGGGCGGCUCAGACAAAGAUACUGCCGCAGUGAUUUCAACGAUGCUCCUACUUACUGGAGUCACGACUUUACUUCACUCCUACUUUGGUACCCGGCUUCCUCUGGUUCAAGGAAGUUCAUUCGUUUACUUGGCCCCGGCUUUGGUUAUCAUCAAUUCUGAAGAGUACAGGAACCUCACCGAACAUAAAUUCCGGCACAUAAUGAGAGAACUGCAAGGGGCUAUAAUCGUCGGUUCAUUAUUCCAGAGCUUACUAGGGUUAAGUGGUUUAAUGUCCCUCCUCCUCAGAUUGAUUAAUCCAGUAGUAGUUGCGCCGACUGUAGCUGCAGUAGGAUUAGCAUUUUUCAGCUUCGGUUUUCCCCAGGCGGGCACUUGUGUCGAAAUCAGCAUCCCCUUGAUAUUUUUGGUUCUUAUCUUCACACUGUAUCUUCGUGGAAUCUCACUCUUUGGUCAUCGUAUAUUCCGGAUUUAUGCGGUCCCGUUGAGUGCAUUGAUCGUAUGGACAUAUGCCUUCUUUCUGACAGUUGGUGGGGCAUACAAUUACAGAGGUUGCAGUGCCGAGAUUCCAAGUUCUAACAUAUUGAUCGAUGAGUGUAGGAAACAUGCAUACACUAUGCAGCAUUGCAGAACCGAUGUUUCGAAUGCAUGGGUAAACUCUUAUUGGGUCAGGAUCCCGUAUCCUUUUCAGUGGGGAUUCCCGAUCUUUCACAUGAGGACGUCAAUCAUCAUGAUCUUCGUGUCACUCAUUGCAUCAGUGGAUUCGGUCGGGACUUAUCACUCUACGUCUAAGCUAGUCAACGUAAAACCCCCAACACGGGAAAUUGUCAGCAGAGGAAUUGCAUUAGAAGGUUUCUGCAGUUUGCUGGCUGGAAUGUGGGGUUCGGGCACUGGUUCAACAACUUUAACCGAAAAUGUUCAUACAAUCAACAUUACGAAGGUGGCUAGCCGAAGAGCUCUGGAGAUUGGAGCUCUUUUCUUAAUAGCUUCCUCGUUUUUAGGAAAGAUAGGAGCAAUCCUUGCUUCCAUACCGCAAGCAUUGGCUGCUUCAGUCUUGUGCUUUAUAUGGGCUCUUACUGUAUCUCUCGGUCUAUCAACUCUACGAUAUACAGAGAAAUCUAGCUUUCGGAACAUAACCAUAGUGGGUGUCUCGUUGUUCCUCGGACUGUCAAUCCCUUCAUAUUUCCAGCAGUACCACCCGGAAUCCGUUCUCAUACUACCGAGCUAUUAUCUUCCCUUUGGCGCUGCUUCAAAUGGGCCGUUCCAUAUGGGCAUCAAACAACUUGAUUUUGCCAUGAAUGCGUUGCUAUCUAUGAACAUGGUGGUCACCUUUCUGGUAGCGUUCGUGCUGGACGUGACGGUGCCGGGAAGCAAGGAGGAAAGAGGGGCGUAUGUAUGGUCAAGAGCCGAGGAGAUGGCCACAGACCCCGAAAUGCAAGCUGACUACUCCUUGCCAGGAAGAGUCGCUGGUUGUUUUGGAUGCAGAUGCAGAUGUUUUGGUUCGUAGCCCAUGUUUUCUGCUUGGGAGAUUCAUUUUUUACUCAAAGAGUCCUGGUCUUGUUUUCUGCGUUUCAGUCUCAGCAGCUGUAUACAAAGACCUAGCAUCAUCUAUUAUACCAUUCUUUGAUAUGUAAGAAAGGAAAAAAAAUUAUAAAAAAGGGUUAUGAAAAUAGGGCAUUAUCAAAAAUACUCUUACUAUAAAUACUCUUAUUUUGCUAUUUUGAUUUCAACACA